GCUUGAAGUAGGAAAGUGCUGGUCGCGGACUCACCGUCCCGUGAUGGUCGCGGGGUCAUCACCAUUCGCCAAUCUAAAGUAAUUUCCUAUCACCAGCGGUGUAAUGCGAAGGCAAAUUGACUUGCUCUAUCCCCUCAAAUUUUCUCGCUUAUCUUCUGCUUCAGCAUCGUUCUUUUCGAAGUCAACGCAUUCAUAUUUUCCAAGUGACCUGCCGGUGAACAUCCACCAGCAAUGCCGCCGGCUGCGGUCGCCCUCUCGGCUACACUGCGGAUUACCCCUUGUUCAUCUUUUCUCUCAAUUCCAACCAGCAGCAACAGUAGGCACAGCAAAAACCUAAAUCCCUCGUCGUUCAUCACCGGUACCACCACCCAUUCCCUCUCUCAAUCCCGCGGAACCAUCACAGUUGCUUCUACUUCUAAUAGCAUAGCGCGAUGUGCGGUGGCGAUUGAGAAGGAGACGCCGGAGAACGAACGUCCCCCCACAUUUCUGCGAGCGAGUAAUGAGAGUGAAACUGGAAGUGGGAGUAUAAGGGGCCGAUUUGAGAAGAUGAUAAGGGAUGCGCAGGACAGCGUGUGCUCGGCGAUCGAGGGGACGGAUGGGGUUGGGAAGUUUAAGGAGGACGUAUGGUCGAGGCCUGGUGGAGGGGGUGGCAUCAGCAGAGUAUUGCAGGAUGGGGCAGUUUGGGAGAAAGCUGGAGUUAAUGUCUCCGUCGUCUACGGUAUUAUGCCUCCCGAUGCUUAUAGAGCUGCCAAUGUUUCUUCCUCCUCAUCCUCCAAUCUGAAAAUUGGCCCCGUCCCCUUCUUUGCCGCCGGUAUCAGCUCGGUUUUACACCCAAAGAACCCUUUUGCCCCAACAUUGCAUUUCAAUUAUCGCUAUUUUGAGACUGAUGCUCCAGAAGAUGCUCCAGGAGCACCUAGACAGUGGUGGUUUGGUGGUGGCACCGAUUUGACUCCUGCAUACAUCUUUGAGGAAGAUGUCAAGCACUUCCAUUUGGUUCAAAAAGGUACUUGUGACAAAUUCGAUCCUAGCUUUUAUCCACGGUUCAAGAAAUGGUGUGAUGAUUAUUUCUAUAUUAAGCAUCGUGGUGAACGGCGAGGGCUUGGAGGUAUAUUUUUUGAUGAUCUCAAUGACUAUGACCAGGAGAUGCUUCUCUCUUUUGCCACAGAAUGUUCAAACUCCGUGAUUCCUGCAUACAUUCCCAUUAUAGAGAGAAGGAAGGACACACCGUUUACCGAUCAGCACAAGGCAUGGCAGCAGUUGCGAAGAGGGCGCUAUGUAGAAUUCAACUUGGUAUAUGAUCGAGGCACUACAUUUGGACUGAAGACAGGUGGUAGGAUCGAGAGCAUUCUUGUUUCUCUGCCACUUACGGCACGGUGGGAAUAUGACCAUCAACCAAAAGAGGGUAGUGAAGAAUGGAAACUGCUAGAUGCUUGUAUCAACCCGAAGGAGUGGAUCUAAUAUUCUUCAAAAAUAAUAUCCUUUGUACUAUUAUUUUGUGUUUUGUGUACUAUUGUGUCAUUUUCCUUUUUCUCUUUUGUUGUUCUGGUUCCCAACUCAGGUGUAAUUCGGAAGUUACCUGUAGGCGAUAAGAGGAAGGUUGUAUUUGUAAUGGAAAUGAACUUAAAGCCAAGGGGAACACAAAACUGCAAAUUUUUGUACAUUUUUUUGUCGUCUAGCUGCAUUCGGAUACAUUAUU